AUGAUCCAUGCCGUGCUCAUCUUCAACACAUCCGGGAUUCCAAGGCUGACCAAGUUUUACACGCCCCUUCACCAAUCUUCUCAGACAUUGAUUCAGAAAAUAUUCUCCCUCAUAUCCAUCCGGCCUGCAGGACUCUGCAACUUUCUAGAUGCACCGGAGCUCGAGGCAUUUCUCGGCCCCAAGGAUGACUCGGACGAGAGAUGGCGCGUUGUCUACCGAAAUUACGCGACUCUGUACUUUGUCUUUGUCGUCGAUGGUGCAGAAAGCGAACUGGGCAUACUAGACUUAAUACAGGUUUUUGUGGAAGGGCUCGAUAGGCACUUUGAGAAUGUCUGUGAACUGGACCUUGUAUUUCAUUUCGACGAGGCGCACCACAUUCUUGCAGAAAUCAUACAAGGCGGUCUCGUCUUAGAGACCAAUGGAGAUGAAAUCAGCAACUCAGUGAAACUAGCUUCGAAGGCCAGAAGGAACUCAUUUGCAUCGGCAAAUCCUUUAUCUCUAGGCAGCGGAACCGGAGGCCCGCGAAGCGGAUCUCUACAGACUCCACUGGGAUGGUUGACCGACAGGCUGGCAGGUGUCGCCACUCGAUGA